AUGCUUUACUGGCUGUUAAGCAUUUGUGUGUUUAUUUUUGGAUGUCAACUUGAAACUCUAGCUGCGGAGCGGAGAUUUUUGCCAGCUCACAGAUUCGAUCGUUUCCCCGUGAGACCAACGUAUCAACAAAACACGAAAAGAUCGAUCAGAUAUCGAAGAGGUGGUGGAUAUGAUCGAAAUUGUUUCUUUUCGCCUGUUCAAUGCAUGUUGCAGUAUGGCCCUCAUCGUCAUGCAAGGACCGAA